AAAAGUCACAGCAUUAGGCAGGGCUUCAAAAAUACUCGACGUCGUAUAAGUACACACGCCCAGAUAACGUUAUGUAAAGCACGUCGUCUACUAUCCUUCCUGCUGUUAGUCACAAGCAUGACUUAUGAUGCUGCGUGCUUUUAGCUUCAUUAAAACUCCUCGCGGAUUUUAUCGACGUUCUUAUGGAGUAAUAACUGGGCACCAGCACACAAGUUUAAAUCAAGAUGGAAGUUUGUAUCCAAGUCACAUCCCAACCAACUCUGUUCAGAAAGCUCUUCUAGCUGUGGGUUCUGGAGUGGCUGCCCUACUGAACCCCUACAGACAUGACAUGGUCGCUGUACUUGGGGAGGCCACUGGUCACAUGGCCCUAAUCAGACUUAGGGACAGGAUGAGAAAUGAUCCCGAAGGUUACACUAUUCUCACAGAGCGUCCUAGGAUUCGGUUGUCUACACUGGACCUCACUCGAAUGUGUGCUUUGCCAGAGGGGACAUUAGGAAGAGAGUAUCUUCGCUUUCUUGAAAAAAAUAAAGUCACCCCUGACACACGGGCGGACGUGAAGUUUGUGGAUGAUCAAGAGCUAGCAUAUGUCAUGCAGCGAUAUCGUGAAGUCCAUGACCUGUUGCAUACCCUGCUUGGCAUGCCGACCAACAUGCUGGGUGAGGUCGCUGUGAAGUGGUUUGAGGCUGCACAGACUGGUCUUCCCAUGUGUGUUCUUGGAGCAACUCUUGGACCUCUACGCCUAUCCGUCAGUCGUCUGCAGAUGCUGGUUCAGUCUCUGGGUCCCUGGGCUCUGCGUAAUGGCCGUCACGGCCGCUGUGUUCUCAGCAUUUUCUAUGAGCACCGAUGGGAGCAGAACCUUGAUGACCUCAGAAAAGAACUGAACAUUGAGUCACCACCACUUCAUCUUUUCCCCAGCAAGAACACAUCCUCAAACAGCUUUAUCAAACAGUAACCUUAUCUUAUAACUGAUUUAACUGACGGAAAUUUUGUCUUGUGGGGGUGUCCUACUAAAAACAAUCAUCAUUAUAUUUUAAAUAGCCUGCUUCCUGGAACCGGUCUUUGUUCUUAAAUAAGGAACAUGAAUAGUUCACUAUUGUUAACAAUUAGAUGACCAACUGAAAGGUUUAUUCCUUCUAUUCACAUGUGCAGUGAAGUUUUACAUCCCUGACACUACUCUAGUAUUUUAAUGUUAUGUAUUUUAUAAAAUCUGUCUGUAUGUUUGUAUUAUUUUAUUGUCACCAUAAACGUAAUGUGAUUCUAUUUAUACUUGCCAUAGUGUCAUACAUGAAGAGAUUAUGAUGUACAGUAAUAUACAGAGAUACGAUUGUAACUUAAAUAUGGAAAUGGGUCAAAUGUAGUUACAAAUUAUGAUUUUUAUUAUUUGAUGAUAAUGCUAUUUUUUCUAUUACUAUGUUUAGUUUGUUAAAUUGUUUUCUUUAAAUUAAAUAAUUGAAAAAUAACAAUGCACAGAUGUUCACAAACUGUGCACCAAUAAACAAAUCAAAUGCAUAGCAGGUUUGGCAACUCAAAUUUGUUUCUUGGCUGUUUUGCAUUAAAUUAAAGAGUACCAAAAUUCUGUCGUCAUGUAUCCACCAUCAUGUGAUUUAAAAACUGUAGAGGACUUUCUU